AUGAUAACUUCAUUAUUUCAAUAUACAUCAACAGAAAAUCUUCAUUUACAUGUUAUUGGUGAUUUAGAUAGUCAUCAUUUUGUAAAUCAAACUCUUCAAACUCUUCAUUAUAAUCAACAAAUUAAUCAAUUGAACAUUGAUGAUUUAACAUUGAAAUAUCAACAAUUAAUCUCACCAUUAAUUCAACAUUUUUCAUCUAGUCAUACUUAUUACAAAGAUCCUUUAUUUUUUUUAUCACCAUUUUUACAUCAAAUACUUCCGGAAAAUAUUUCUCGUGUUAUUAUGCUUGAUAUCGAUAUUCGAUUUGAUAAUGAUAUACAAAAAUUAUAUAAAUUAUUUGAUCAAUUCAAUGAAAAUCAAAUAUUAGGUAUUGCUCGUGAAAAUCAACCUGUUUAUCGUCAUCUUCUUUGGUCAUAUCGUCAUGAAAAUCCUUCGACAGACAUUGGUAAUCCUCCUCCAUUUGGUAUAACAGGUUUUAAUAGUGGCGUUUUAUUACUUGAUUUAAAUAAAAUUCGUCAAUCAAUUUUAUUUAAUAGUUAUUUAGAACAUUCAUUUCUUAUUGAACAACUUAUUACGAAAUAUCAUUUUAAUCAUCCACAUUUAGGUGAUCAAGAUUUUUAUACAUUAUUAAGUUUUGAACAUAAUGAAAUAUUUUUUAUUUUACCAUGUUAUUGGAAUAGACAAUUAUGUACAUGGUGGAAGGGUAAAGGUUAUGAUGAUGUUUGGCAAAAUUAUUAUAAUUGUAAUAAUGAACAAAAUAUUAGUAUUUAUCAUGGAAAUUGUAAUACACCAAUACCAGAUAAAAUAAUCAAUGAAAAAAUUGAACUUUGA